GGCCAUGGAAGCAGCCCACACGUUCUUCAUGGCCAACCCUGAGCACAUGGAAAUGCAGCAGAGCAUAGAAGACUACAGAGUGACGGUCGGGGUGGAAGCCUUCCAGCUGGUAGAUCGAGAAGCCAGGCCACAUCUGGAGAGCUAUCACACAGGCGUUAAACAUUAUGAGGCUGAUGACUUUGAAGCCGCAAUCAAGUACUUUGAACAAGCUUUAAGAGAAUACUUCAAUGAAGAUAUGGAGUGCCGGGCUCUCUGUGAGGGGCCUCAGAGAUUUGAGGAGUAUGAGUACUUAGGGUAUAAAGGCGGUCUUUAUGAGGCAAUUGCAGAUCACUACAUGCAGGUGCUGGUCUGUCAGCAUGAGUGUGUGAGGGAACUUGCCACCCGCCCAGGCCGCCUCUCACCGAUUGAGAACUUCCUUCCCUUGCAUUACGACUACCUCCAGUUUGCCUACUACAGAGUUGGUGAAUAUGUGAAAGCCUUGGAGUGUGCCAAAGCCUACCUGAUGUUCCAUCCAGAUGACGAGGAUGUCCUGGACAAUGUAGACUACUAUGAGAGCCUGCUAGAUGACAGCAUAGACCCAGAAUCCAUUGAGGCCCGAGAGGAUAUGACAGCAUUUGUCAACCGUCAUAACCAUGAAUCUGAACUGAUAAAGUCAGCUGCAGAGGGUCUGGGAUUUUUGUAUUCUGAACCGAAUUACUGGAUCAGUUACGGAGGACGGCAGGAUGAGAACCGGGUGAAUGUGGAGGGAGCAGAAGUCCGUGGAUUGUCAUUGGGGAAGAAGUCACUGCCCAAGAUAGGUCGAGACCUAAGAGAAGGUGGCCCUCUGCUCUAUGAGAACAUCACCUUCGUCUACAACUCAGAACAGCUGAACGGGACUCAGCGGGUUCUCCUGGAUAAUGUCCUGUCCGAAGAACAGUGCCGGGAACUCCACAGCGUGGCCAGUGGAAUCAUGCUGGUUGGUGAUGGAUACCGAGGAAAAACGUCACCCCAUACCCCCAAUGAAAAGUUUGAAGGGGCAACCGUCUUGAAAGCACUCAAAUUUGGUUAUGAAGGCCGGGUGCCACUGAAGAGUGCUCGCCUCUUCUAUGACGUCAGUGAGAAGGCUCGGAAGAUUGUGGAAUCCUAUUUCAUGCUGAACUCAACCCUGUAUUUUUCCUAUACACACAUGGUCUGCAGAACAGCCCUGUCUGGGCAGCAGGAUAGAAGAAACGACCUCAGCCAUCCCAUUCAUGCGGACAACUGCCUCUUGGAUCCGGAAGCUAAUGAGUGCUGGAAGGAGCCUCCUGCGUACACUUUCCGGGACUAUAGUGCGCUCCUGUAUAUGAAUGACGACUUUGAAGGGGGGGAGUUCAUCUUCACUGAAAUGGAUGCUAAAACUGUGACUGCCUCUAUCAAACCAAAGUGUGGGCGAAUGAUCAGCUUCUCAUCUGGCGGAGAGAACCCUCAUGGGGUGAAGGCGGUCACCAAAGGCCAGCGCUGCGCCGUGGCGCUGUGGUUCACCCUAGACCCUCUUUACAGAGAACUGGAGCGGAUACAGGCUGAUGAAGUGAUUGCCAUCUUGGAUCAAGAGCAGCGCGGGAAGCAUGGACUGAAUAUUAACCCCAGAGAUGAGCUAUAGAAAAGAGAGUGUUCUAUCGACUAUUUAUUUAAAUUGUUAAUCUUAUAAGAACCUUUUUAUUUUUGUACAGAGCCAUGGUUAUAAAUUAACAGGAUACAACGAGUCGCUGGAUUCCCCUUCUGUUCCUAACUCGGCUGGCUUUGUCUUCCUCGUGCCCUUGGUUGUCUUCAGUUCAUCAUUCAGAACCCAGUCACACCUCCAAACACACAUCACACACACUCUGCACACUACACAGCCACACAGGUAAACAUAUAACACCGAUAUACUACAGAAACACACAUAUGCCACUCACAUAUCAUAGAAAUUUCCGAACAUGACACACAUGCAUAUACCAAACACACCCAAACACAUACCACCCAGAUAGACAAUCUCUCUCUCUCUCUAUCUCUC